AUGACACGAGGAUGCGCUAUAAAGCUGGGCAAGGGUUACUCACCGUUCUCUUGCUGCAACGUCAGGGGCACGCCCCGCUUCCCGUUUGCCUCACUUCCUGUUUGCUUCACUUCCUGUUUAUCAUUGCUAACAGGCCUCGCUCUCGGUAGUCACGUGAUUGUUGAGCAUGCCGAAGCAGGGAUCGAAACACUGUCUCGGACCACUUCCGCUUCAAACGCUCGGCACUGUGUCGAGCAAAGUGGCUCGAGCGUAACAUCACUAAUUGUUUGCCCUUUCUUUAAGGCUGUGUUCAUUUCUAGUGGUUAUAGAGGCUGUUUAUUUUUAUAUGGUCACUGUUGGGUGUCCAUAGCCAGAGAGCUGAGCCGCUCGCUGGCUGCUGCAUGUCCAGUUCGAGCCGUGAGCCGCUCGCGAGCCGUUACUGGCUGUUACCGUGGCUGCCGGUUGCUCCCCGUUCCCUUGUGGUGGACAAAAUUUACUGAUUGGCGGGCCGCCGCUUGUCUGGAGCUGUGCUGGCUACACGGGGUCCCAAACAAGCUGUGGGCCUCCGGUGGUGGGAACUGGUGUCUUCGGGUGGUGGGAACCCCUUCCUGUGUGGCGUGCUGCUCAUCCCCUGAGCAGACAAGAGAAUCAUCACUGGCCAAAACAUUUUAUCACAGACUAAAGAACUACAGACUCUUCACAACCUGCUCAAACUCUUGGUACAGGACCUCACCACACGGGUCAAGAAGGUUUCCAUCUCAUUUCUACUCUGAAGAUCACCUUCUCCUGCUCAAACUGCUGACAAAUGUUUCUGCUGCUCUAAAGUCUGGUCUCCAGAACUUCCUAAAAACUCUCAAAGUCUCUUCUGCUGCAGGUUGCUUUGUAGAACUGUUCCAGAAAACCUCACUAAACCACAUGGAGGGGCCUCAAGAUAGUCGUCUAAAUGAAACCAUACAAAAACCAAACUAGCACAACCCAAACGCUAAAGUCUCCUGCAGCCUACCAGAGAACCUCUGAGAACAGAGAAUCAGGACAGGAACUCUUACCUUCUGGACAACCAAUGCUGUUCACAAGAAUACAGAAUGUGUCUGACCAAAAACCUCUGAAGACUCACUACAGCCAAGAUAAAGACACAACUCAGCUGCACCAAAUCCACUAAUCACUGCUCACAGUUGUACCAUGUGCUAACUGUGGCUGAAGAACCACAUUUAUCAAGACAACUAUCCAGUACAAAGCCCUAAAACACACCAAGAAACACAUUAAAGACGAUUUUACUGCUGGAAGCUGCAAGCCAACGCCUAAAGAACAAACUGAAGCAACGGAACCAAACCCAGGUCACUGGUGAAGAGAAACAGAGGAAAUGUUUGUCUGCAGCUAAACAAAGCAGGAAGACACUGAGCUGCUCAGGUGUUCCUGAUAACACCAAGCAGCCACCUGGACAGCCAAUAGGAACACAGCUUCCUGGAAGUCCAGAGGGCUGGCUUAGUGAAGGAAAUUUAGUUUAAAGUUGAAGCAGAAAGUUAACAAAGAAAGUUGAAAACCACCUUCUGAUCCCUGAAAUCUCUGAGUUUUCACACAAAGAACACCUGAACAUGUCAAACUGGUUCCAUAGUAGAACCCUCAUUGUAAAAACAUCAUAGUAUGGUGUGUUGCUCAAAAAACAUUAGGACCCGGCUGUCAGGGGACAAACAUGUAAGAAGCAUGAGAACAGAGAGAACCCAACCAGUAGGUCACAGUUUAUCAUCAUCUAAUCAUCUCCUGAAGUCCAUAUGGUGAGAGACAUCAGUAUCUGGUUGUUCAUUUACCAGAGGAUGCUUAUAAUCAUGCUGAUGUGGUCUGUACUCUACAGUAUUUUAGUGACUCAAUAAAUGCCUAAGUUGUUUUUUUAAAAUGCUUUUUAGUUUUUAAUAAACAUUUAACAGCCUAUAUGUGAUCAAUAAAUGGCCUUUGCCUAUCUUAAGAAAAAUUCACUCAGAACUCAGAUAUGUUAACAGUACUAAAUAAAUCAAUAAAUACAUGCAUACACACAUAAAUAAGUUAAUACAUUAACUGUGUUAAGAUAAGAUUUAGAUUUUUAAAAAAGUUGUUUAUAUUUUUACAGAAUCCAGUAUUGUUCACUGGUUGGUCAUUACAUUUUGUUAGUUUGAUUUCACUGUUUAAAAUGAUGCCACCUCUUUUCAGACAGAACCUGUGAUAAUAAAACAAUACAAAAUUUUUAGUUCCGUGUUAAUAAAGCACUUAAAGCUUUAA